GACACAGUAACAUUACAUAAGUGACAUGCCCUGCAUGACCGACUGUCAGUGAUUUAUAAAGGCGGAGACCGUUUUUAUUAGAACAGAGCAGUUUAAACCGGCAGGCAGGAUAAAGUGCAUCGGUAAAGAGGCUUCGCUUCCCAAACAUGAAGUUCCUUAACAAAGACGAACUGCAGAUCGCUGAAGGAGUUCUGCUAAAACACUUACCCAAGAGUUCUAAGGUAUACGGUUUCCUAUAUGCUAUUAACAGGAACAAACCAAGCACACUGGAGGUCAUCGUUGAUACAUGGCCUGAUUUUAAAGUCAUCAUUUGCCGACCUGACCCCAAUAACAAGCGCGCCCUGGAGUUUAUGAAAAAGGUUACAUACUACAGCAUGGAUGAGCCGAGUUUAAGGAAAAUGCUGACAGAAGAGAAUGCAAUUGACUGGAGCACCUACUUUCUUAUUGGAGGAUUUGACAUUUCCCAUACCUCCAUGCUCAAAGAAGUGGCUUCUGACAGAGAAGUCAACAACAGAUGCUAUACUGCGGUGCAUCUUCUGUAUCUGCCAGACAGCAGCCUUCUGCUCACACCAGCAGCUGGCAGUGAGUUUGAAUCAAGGAUUUCAUCGCUUAACCUUUCCCAUGUUGACUUGGUGAAUAAAACCUGGAAGUUUGGAGGAAACGAGCAGGGUUACAGAAACAUUCAAAACCUCAUCAGCAACUUCCCGUCAUGCUGCAUCACUGACGGCCAGGGCCAGCCGGUGUCCUGGAUUCUUGUGUAUGAUUACUGUGCUUUGGGCUUAUUGUACACUCUGCCAGAGCAUAGAGGGAGAGGCUACGCCAAAGUCCUGGUCAGCACCAUGGCCAAGAGACUCCACGCUGAGGGCUACCCGGUGUACUGCUUCGUAGAGGAGGAGAAUACGGUCUCCUACACGCUCUUUAAAAACCUGGGCUUCAUCGAGGAUCCCUCAUACAGGGCGGCAUGGUUUGAGUUCAACUUUUGACUUUGUAACCAUUUCUAACAAGCGUUUGUAUAAAAAUAACUUUCAAUGUUUCCUUUGAGAAUGUGAUUAAAAUGUAAAGUUUACAAAUGGUAUAGGCUCUCCAAAGCAUUGCAUCAAAACCUGGUUAUAAUGGUGGUAUAAGGGAAAAUGGCAUUACUGACACAAAUAAUAAUGUAAAAAUAUAUAAAUAUAUAUAUAUAUUCAUAUAAAAUAUGUGCUUUGCUCUCUGUUUGCAGUUAUAGCAAAUAAUGUACAUCCAAUAUAUUUACCAUACUAUAGAGGCUACCUCAUUUUAUACACACCGAUGCAAUUAUUAGUAACCACGGUUCUCCAAAAUAAAGACAUUUAGUUGUUUUAUUCAUGUUUCAAAGAGA